GAAAGGAAUUCCAGUUUUUACGGCGAACCGAUUGCAACGAUGGGCGACCAUACUACUGGCCUACGACUUCAGCAUACAGUAUAAGCCGACGCAACAGAUCGGUCAAGCGGAUGCCCUGUCUCGUCUCAUCAGUUCACACCCAAAGGAGAAUGAUGAUUGUGUGAUUGCAGCUAUCAGUUUCGAAGCAGAAGUCCAACGAAUCCUGGCUGAUAAUGUGAGAAGACUACCAGUAACAGCCGACACUAUUCGUAUGGAGACAUCACGGGACAGAAUCUUGGAGAAAGCGAUGCAUUGUGUACGAACAUGUUGG